AUGCGAGAGUUUGAUAGCGUGUAUCAGCAUUGCAGGCUUACAGAUUUGGGGUUUCAGGGGCCAAAGUUCACAUGGUGUAAUAAGCAAGAUGAAGGGUUGAUAUGCAAAAAACUGGAUCGCAUUCUCGUUAAUGAAAUUUGGCUAAAUCAGAGAACUCAAGCUUAUGGUGUGUUUGAGGCAGGAGGCUGUUCUGAUCAUCUCAGAGGGAGGUUUCAUAUAAAAACAGAGGCCAUAGGGAAACAGAAGCCUUUCAAUUUCACGAAUGUAGUUGCUGAAAUGCCAGAAUUUCACACAAUGAUGGCAGAUUACUGGAAGGAUACUCAGCCUCUGUUUCAGUCUACUUCAGCUCUCUUCAGAUUUUCGAAAACUCUAAAGGCUUUAAAACCUCUGAUUAGGAAUCUAAGUACAGAAAAGCUUGGGAAGCUCUCGUUGCGGCAACGCAUCUCUGCAAUUGAGGAAAAGGUUCUAAAGCAAAGGGCUAAGAUGCAUUGGCUGCAACUGGGUGAUUGCAACAAUAAAGUGUUUCAUAAUGCAGCAAAGCUUAGAGCAACAAAAAAUGCAAUCCGCGAAAUCAAGUGUCCCUCUGGUGCAGUCGCUAUAACUCAGGAGGCUAUAAAGACUGAAGCUGAGAGGUUUUUCAAUGAUUUCUUGUCUCAUGUACCAUCAGAUAUUCAGGGUGUCUCAGUUGAAGAAUUGCAUCAACUUAUCCCGUUUCGCUAUUCAGAGGAGGAGAGAUCACAACUGAUAAAUCCUGUUACAAGUGAGGAAAUAAAAAAAGUGCUCUUUCAAAUGCCAAAUAAUAAAUCACCGGGCCCAUACGGUUUCACUUCAGAUCUUCCACAGUGUAUUUCUUCAAAUCAAUCCGCGUUUGUUAAAGACCGUUUAUUGGUGGAGAAUCUGUUGUUAGCUACUGAGAUAGUAAAGGACUAUCAUAAGGAGGAUGUCUCGCCUCGAUGCGCAAUGAAGAUUGAUAUUGCGAAAGCGUUCGAUUCUGUUCAUUGGCCAUUCUUAUUGAAUACACUGAGAGCACUUCACUUACCGGAACAGUUCGUGCAUUGGAUUGAACUCUGUGUCUGCACCCCGUCAUUCUCUGUUCAAGUUAAUGGUGAGCUAGCAGGAUUUUUUCAGAGCAAGCGAGGGCUGAGGCAGGGCUGUGCUCUAUCUCCAUACUUAUUUGUCAUCAGUAUGAACGUUUUGUCUCAUCUAUUGGAUAGAGCAGCAGUGCAGAAGAUCAUUGGUUAUCAUCCCAGAUGUCAAAAUAUUCUUCUAACUCAUCUAUGUUUCGCUGAUGAUUUAUUGGUCUUCACAGAUGGGUCAAAACGAUCAAUAGAAGGUAUUCUUAAGAUCUUUGAGGAUUUUGCAGCUAUUUCGGGUUUGAAGAUCAGCCUUGAAAAGUCUACUCUUUAUACUGCUGGAAUUUCUGAAGAGCAAGAGGGUGAUAUUCUUACAUGUUUCCCGUUUGCAUCAGGGAAAUUACCCGUGAGAUACCUAGGGCUUCUUUUGCUUACAAGAAGAAUGACAGUGGAUGAUUACAUGCCUUUGGUGGAGAAAAUUCGAAAGAGGAUGAGAUCAUCGCUUUGGGUCAAGUGGAUACACUGUUAUUUGAUCCGCAAAGGUUCUUUCUGGUCGAUGAGAUGUUCUACUGCAGGUUCCUGGAUGUGGAGGAAAAUUUUGAAGCUAAGGGAUCUUGCUAAAAAUUAUCUUAAGAUGGAAGUGUAUAAUGGCGAGCAUACUUCAUUCUGGUAUGACUCUUGGUCGAGACUUGGUUGCUUGAAGGAUUUUCUGGGUGAUGGAGGUACUCUUUCUCUAGGUAUUACUGAUAAUUCCCUUGUGGCUGAUGUAAUGCUUAGACAUCGUAGAAGAAGGCAUAGAUUGAGUAUUCUAAAUGAUGUGGAGGAAGAAAUUGAAAAGGUGAGAAGCAGAGGAAGAGAAGAAGAAGAUAAACCUCUCUGGAGACAGACAGAGCAUAGCUUCGCAAAUUCUUUUUCAACGAAGAAGACUUGGCAGUCAUUUCGUCAAUCUCAGCCAAGUUGUAAUUGGAAAAACGGAGUUUGGUUUUCGCAAUCUACUCCGAAGUACUCUUUUAUUGUGUGGGUGGCUAUUCGAAACAGGUUACAAACUUGUGACAUAAUGAAGAUAUGGAACAAUGCAAUGGAUGGGCAAACAACCACCAAAGUCUAUCUCCUGCGAUAUGCUUUUCAGGCUCUGGUUCACAGUGUUUGGCGUGAGAGAAAUGCCCGUAGGCAUGGUGAGCAACCAAGAGAGGAGGAAAUGCUCUAUAAGUUUGUGGACAACAUAAUUAGACUGAAGCUGCUUGCAGUAAAAGGUCAAGGGAAAAGCUAUCUUGAAGAGGGAUUGUGCAAGUGGUUUGAGACAAGAAGACAAGCUCCACAACUUAUAGAUUCAUGA